CCGCCGGGCGCUGCGAAGCCCCUGGCGUUGGCAAGGCCGGCCCCGGCCCCGACGCCGCUCCGCCUCGCCCGACUGUCUCGAAUCUCUCCUCAGUGCUGUCUUCUUUCCCAGGACUGGUUUCGUGGGGGCCGCAGGCGCGCAGUCUCGCCCCCCGCCAGAGCGCCCCGGCUCGGCCCGGGAGCGGCUUCUUGUAGACGUUCGAGGAGCCUGCCGAGUGCCGUCCCGGCGCCCGACCGCCCACCGUCCGGCCCGUUGGCCCGCUUCUUCCUGAUGCAGACUGCCGUCCACUAGAGGCUGGACAGACCCCCGAGCUUCCAGGGUAUGGAUUGUGAACAAGGUGGUUUUGUUUCACGUGUUCAUUUGUGAUCCAUGGCAGGGGACAUGGAAGGAUUCUGUUCCUCCAUCCAUGACACCAGUGUCUCUGCUGGGUUCAGAGCACUGUAUGAGGAGGGAUUGCUUCUUGAUGUCACUCUGGUUAUUGAAGACCAUCAGUUCCAGGCCCAUAAAGCACUCUUGGCCACCCAGAGUGAUUACUUCAGAAUUAUGUUUACUGCAGACAUGAGAGAGCGAGAUCAGAACAAAAUUCACUUAAAAGGUCUAACUGCUACAGGCUUCAGCCACGUCCUUCAGUUUAUGUACUAUGGAACUAUAGAACUGAGUAUGAGUACAGUUCACGAGAUUCUUCAGGCUGCCAUGUAUGUUCAACUUAUAGAGGUGGUGAAGUUCUGCUGCUCUUUCCUGUUAGCGAAAAUCUGCUUAGAAAAUUGUGCAGAAAUUAUGAGACUCUUAGAUGAUUUUGGUGUAAACAUCGAAGGAGUCAGGGAGAAGUUGGAUACCUUUCUGCUAGACAACUUUGUACCACUCAUGUCCAGGCCUGACUUCCUGUCUUACCUGAGCUUUGAGAAGCUCAUGUCUUACUUGGAUAAUGACCAUCUGAGCAGGUUCCCAGAGAUAGAGCUGUACGAGGCUGUGCAGUCUUGGCUGCGGCAUGACAGAAGACGCUGGAGACACACCGACACCAUCAUUCAGAACAUUAGAUUUUGUCUGAUGACCCCAUCCAGUGUUUUUGAAAAGGUUAAGACAUCAGAAUUUUACAGAUACUCUCGACAGCUGCGCUAUGAAGUUGAGCAAGCAUUGAAUUACUUUCAGAACAUUCACCAGCAGCCUCUGUUGGAUAUGAAAUCAAGCCGCAUCCGCUCUGCCAAACCCCAAACUACAGUAUUCCGAGGCAUGAUUGGACAUAGCAUGGUUAACAGUAAAAUACUUCUCUUAAAGAAACCAAGAGUCUGGUGGGAACUAGAGGGCCCACAAGUACCUCUGCGUCCGGACUGCCUUGCUAUCGUCAAUAACUUCGUGUUCUUGUUGGGCGGGGAAGAGCUGGGCCCAGAUGGCGAAUUCCAUGCUUCUUCCAAAGUGUUUAGAUAUGACCCAAGACAAAACUCUUGGCUCCGAAUGGCAGACAUGUCUGUGCCACGUUCAGAAUUCGCAGUUGGUGUUAUUGGGAAGUUUAUUUACGCUGUAGCAGGCAGAACCAGAGAUGAGACUUUCUAUUCAACUGAGAGAUAUGACAUCACCAAUGAUAAAUGGGAAUUUGUGGAUCCUUAUCCAGUUAACAAAUAUGGACAUGAGGGGACAGUGCUCAAUAACAAGUUGUUUAUCACUGGUGGAAUCACCUCAUCUUCCACCUCCAAGCAAGUAUGCGUGUUUGACCCCAGUAAAGAAGGGACCAUAGAACAGCGGACCAGGAGAACGCAAGUAGUUACCAACUGUUGGGAGAAUAAGAGCAAAAUGAAUUAUGCCAGAUGCUUUCACAAGAUGAUUUCAUACAAUGGCAAGCUUUAUGUCUUCGGUGGUGUCUGUGUGAUCUUGAGAGCCUCUUUUGAGUCUCAGGGAUGCCCUUCCACAGAAGUGUACAACCCAGAGACUGAUCAGUGGACCAUCUUGGCAUCCAUGCCAAUUGGUAGAAGUGGCCAUGGUGUGACUGUGCUGGACAGACAAAUAAUGGUUCUUGGAGGCCUUUGCUACAACGGUCAUUACAGCGAUUCUAUUCUCACCUUUGAUCCGGAUGAAAACAAGUGGAAGGAAGAUGAGUACCCGCGGAUGCCCUGCAAGCUGGAUGGUUUACAAGUAUGCAACCUGCAUUUUCCAGAAUAUAUUCUGGAUGAGGUCAGACGUUGCAACUGAUGACAUCUUUCUCCCUUCAAAAAAGCCAAACAAAAUCCAUUUGCGACAGAGUAGUUAAUUAAAAAACAUAAGAAAAACCUCACCAGUUUUACUCUCAAAGCCAUUGGUCUAAUAUCGUAAAAAUGUUUUCAUUCUGUGCUAGCAUCCUUUUUUUUUCUUUUUAGUGGCCUCAAACUCAUGCAAUAAGUCAGUUGUAAGCGCUAGCUCUUGAAACUACUUCCAGAAGCAGUUUAAUAGAACAAUUCACUUAUCUGGGAAGUUGAUGUUAUGCUUUAAACAUUUCUUUCAAAUGUCAGUGUAGGAGUCAUGCAUCUUCUAAGAGAAGACCUGAUAAGUGUCACUGGAUGUAAUUUCAGUUCCUAUCUCUAGCUGAAAUCUUUUUGAACAUUUAUUUCAGUGUAUUUCAGUCUGUUAGACUUUUUGAUUUUAUUAUUUAAGUUUAAAACUCUUGACCUUUUUGCAUGGCUUUUUGCUGAAAACGCAAAAGUAUAAAUUUUCUACAAGAUUAACUUUUUUAUAUUCAGAACACUAUUUCUAAGCUGCCUUCUCUUAUCUGCAUUGUGUUAGUGAAAGCAUAUCCAUACUUGCUUACAUCUUAUGAAUAUAUAAGGCACAUCCCCUUUUAUGCGUGGUUAGGAUUCUAUAUUUUUAAGCUAGUGCACUUGCACACACGGUUUGCCAUACGUGUUGUAUUUUAGAUGUAACGUCUUUUCAUGUAUUAACAUUUUUAGAAAGAUAAUAACUGGAGUCCUCGUUUCGUAUCAGAGUAGCCUGUCUUCAGUCCAUACUGAUUCAGUAAUAUUCAAACUCCUUAUAUUCCUGAAACGUAUGGUUUUAUGAAAGCUAACAUUUUAUGUUUUACUUUCAAAAGUAAACAUUAGUGUUCCUUAUCGAUGUAUGUCUUCUUUUUGAAAAUGUUUUUCUUUGCAGUCUGUUUAAUGUUACCCUGUUUUUAGUGAGAAUUGGAGUGGUAUGUGACAAGGCCUGGCCCUGCAGCGUGCAAGCACUUUUAAAGAGAACUUAGGUAAUACCAGACUCCUAAAUAAAGGUCACUUCAAAGUAAGUGCAACUCCCAUUCUUUGCAUUCAAUAAGGCUGCUGCAUCUGUUAUUGAAUGGAAAGUAGCAACUUGUGGAAAAUUUGAGCUCAGUUUUGACUUAGAGGUAAGGAAUAGAAUUAUAAUCUUAACUGGUCAUAUCUUCUUGUUUAUUUAGUACAAAAUAUUUAGCGGCACUGGGGAUGUAAGCCCUCAGCUUUUAUUUACUGAAAGCUACUAGCAUGAAGGAUAGUAACCUCCAAGUUCAGAGUGGAUCAAGAAUAACUGUUCAGAAUCAUGGAUCAAGAAUAACUGUUCAGAAUCAUGGAUCAAGAAUAACUGUUUGAAAUCACGGAUCAAGAUAACUGUUCAAAAUCAUUCUUAAGUGUUUUAGGAUUAGCCGCACCUUUCAACUCAAAGGAAAAACAUAGUUGUCAAAAUUAAGCAAGAAUAACCAGGGAGUGGAUCAUUCAAAUUGAUGCCAUUUUAUCCUGAGUAGAGUCUAUAUCUGAUACUACGCUGGCAAAACUUGCCAGAUCUUAGAUGUUGGUGCAAUAUUGCAAUGCCUUCUAUACGGCUGUUGUAAAAAGUUUCGAGUUUCACUUUUUUUUUCUUUCUUUCUUUCUUUCUUUUUUUUUUUUUUGCUGCUGCCACCACUGAACAUAAAAUGGAAGCGCGAAAUCAUGGAAAUGUGAAGACUUGUUUCAUUUUUGCGAUUAAAAUAGACAACUGAAAAAAACCUGAUUUUAAAACUCCACAGCUUGAGGCAUUUGAGUUUAAGAAACAGUCAGGUACAGAAGUAGUUUUUUUUUUUAAAGCAAAACAUUGGGAUUGGUUUUAGAAAUCAGGUUAAUAAUAUUCUUCAUGUAUGAGACAGAUUUUUAUUAAGUGGUCCUGUCAUUUAGUUUCUAAAAAUUAAAUUUGAUACCUUGUUUCCCAUGGUUAUAUGGGUAAAAGUCUUUUUAUACAUCUGAAAAAUCAUUUUUAAUCAUUGUACUUUUGAAAACUAGGAAUUAGGUGAGCCAUUUGAUUCUGUUUCUCAUGUAUUAGUUGAUGUAGUGUUUUAUAUGUGUGCUGUCUUGCUUUAAAGAAAAUAACAAUAAUGUCUUCAUUAUUUUCCUCAUUGUUGUCUUUUGCUGAAAAAGACUGAGACAGGGUACCCCAUCAGGCUUUUACACUCCCGUGGUGGUUCUCUUUAAUUGCUUAGCUAUGACCUCGUAGCCCUAGUUAAAGUAAGAUGGAACAAACAAUUGAAUAUUCUUGGUCUGCAUUGUAAAAGCACAAGGCCAAGAUGAAAGUUCAUGUUUUGGAAAAUUUGUGAAAUCUUAACUUGAACUAAUUCUGGGUUCAGCUUCACACGUGAGUCAUGUCUGACCUGAUGUUAGCUGUAAUCAGUUUUGAGCUUUAAGAAUAGUUGUUAUUGCUUGGGUUCUGAAUGUAUGAGAAAACUCUUCUGUUUAUUUGUAGUGCUGACUUAGGUUAUUUUAAAUCCAUGAUUAACGUACAUUCCCUUUUAAAAUUAUGGUUUAAUUGCUGAAAGAGAUUUAUUUUUGUUAUACUAGACUAUGGAAAAUUUUUUCAUAGAAUUUUUUUUGAGUUUAUUUUUUGUGUGCUUCAUUUGGAACCAUUUUUGUUUAUAUACAUUGUAUGUGCUCAAAAUAUUUUUUUUUUUUAUUUCAGUAAGAGAUUUAAAACUACAGUGUAACACGCUGUGAUCUUUGUGUGUUAAUUUUCAUUUUACAUUUUAAAUGCCAGACUUUACAAAAAUGGCUGAUCUUUAUUAAUUGCAUCUUAAUUAGAAACAUUUGUUCUCUUCCAUGUCUUUGACCUUCUAAGUUUUUAUUUUAGUCUGCUUAAAGAAAAUCCUUGCACUACAACCUUUUCAUAAAAUUCAAGAUUCUCACAUUGAAGGUUUUGUAUUGGAAGAAAUACUACUGGUUUUUAAAAAGCUAAGGCUUACUUAAUAGAAUUAUUAGCAUUUCUUGAGACAGCUUUCUGUGUCCUCAUUACUCUGUGUGAGUGUUACUAUAAUUUGUGAAAUAUUGACUGAGCCCUUCACUUAUCUUUUCUGAAGCAGCACCUUUGGACACCUCAUUCUGGGAAGCCUGCUCAAGUUAUAGUAAAGGACACACACAUUUGUGUGGGGAGAAGUGGUAAAAAAUGGAGAGUUGUGUCUUAAUUACAUGAAACUAAGCUUUAAAAUAUUUUAUAACAAAUUAUUUGAGCUGCAUAAUCUAAACAUGUCAAACGUUCAGUGGGACUAUUUUUAUAUAUGUAUAUGUGGUUGUAGGUCAUAACAUUUCAGUUUAUAAUAUAAAUUGUUAUUUCAGUUUAUAAGCUAUCUCUCAGAAAAGACUAGCUCUUUUGAGAAUACAUAAUUUAAAGUUUUAGAGUGAAGUAAAACACAACAUAGAUAAUAGUGUAAAUUAGAUAUAAAUGAGGGCUAUAUGGCAGUAAAACUGCUAGUGCCAUUUUUCCUCUUUGUCUAUUACACAUUUUUUAUUUUAUUUUUUUUGUACUCUGAACAUUUUUAGGGAUCAUGCAUUCUAUCAGAUUAGAGUUGGUUUGGGAAUAAGUAUCUUCUAAAAAGAGAUUUAUCUUAAAAAUGAAAGUCCUGAAAAAUUAGUUUAUCAAGAGUUUAUAAAGUCAAAUAUUCCAUAGACAUAGACUGGAAUAGGUAAACUCAUGAAAGUCGUAUCCUUUCAGUAUACCAGUAUAACUUCAAUAUUACAUGAGUAACAUUGAGAGAAUGCCAUCAGCUUUGUUCCCCCUUAAUAUUGGAUUUUCGUUUUACAUCUUUGGGAACAACUACAUUAAGAACCUUAUUAAUCAGUAUAUCAGUAAGGAUUAGGUGUUUGCUUUCGGAAAGAAUGUUCCAGUGAGGUGAUCAGAGAGGUUAUUUUCUACCUAACUUGUUUAUGCCCUAUACCUCUUGGGCAUACUUUGUCUAUAGAAGAAAUAUUUUGACCUUUAGGUACAUUUUGGGCCAGUAGUCAAGUAAUCCUAGGACUGAUUUAAAAAUCUUAGACUAAUUUAAGGUUUGCCUUUUAUACCUAUUUUGAAAGCCUUUACAUUUCUGUCAGGUAAUUUUUCCCAUGCCGUGAAUAUAAAACAUGUUUAUGCUAUCCAUUCUGUUUUUAAAUUGAAAAAAAUGUUAAAAGUGUUUAUGAAGAAAAGUUUAAAUAAAAUAUUUUCAAUCUUUAAAA